UUAAAAGAUGUGGAAGGGCAGCAGGUGCUGGAAGGACAAGAAGAGCUGCCUGAGUGCAAUACUAGAAGUAAGAGCAAUCCGCCGAACCAACCACAACCUGACGUACCGUCUGGUGGUGGUGCCAUAUCAUCAAAUUCCAAUUCUCACAGCGACGAAUGUGUACGCGAUGAAAAUUUUGGUGACGAAAGGCUACAGACGAGUGCACAAACAGGGCAAUUUGCUCGAUCGACUGAAGACGAUAGAGUGCAUCAAGCAGGCCAGCAAGGCCUAAAAGAACACGAUAAAAAACUUAAUGAAGAAAAAGCUCACUUACCCUUGCAAAGUACCAAUGAAUAUGCACCAACAGCAACAUCAUCACCACCAACACCAGCAGCAGCAGCAGCAUUGCCGAGCCACGCCUCAGCCAACAUUCUAAUGGGCUCGUCAAACAUUGAGAGGAGCAUAACAACAGAAUGUGCUAAGCAAAAUGAUGACAGCGAAAAAGAUGACAGACACUCGCAUGUUCACUCGAAUAAAAACCACACAAAACACUUGAAUGAAGGCCAAGCCGACGACGGCAGUGCGGUGGCAGCCCACGACAGCCGAGAGAUUGACGAAUGCUUGAGCCAGGAAAACUUAAGCAGUGCGGUUGAGCCUUGUCCAGCAGCAUCGCUUGUGUCUGUUCUAUCGGAGCAGAGCACUAAUCUCUUGAAAGUGGACGACCACUCAAUUGAAACACAGCAGCUUUCUGNAGGGGAUCUGCCUAAUCUAGCUGCUGUUGAUAGCACAACAGAGUUGGUCCGUCGUUCAAGUGUGCAUCUCGAUACUAGAGCGUUUCUUCUGUCUCGGCCGGUGUUGCCGCUGUCACGAAGUUCGUCUGCAUCUGGUCUGCUGGAACACCCGUCACCAACUCGGGUCGUCACUAUCAGCUCUAGAAAUUCGCCAACUUUCGAGUACUCUAGAGUACGCCGAGUGGAAUCUGCUCAUUGCAUUCACAAAUCAGAUUCUACUAGCUCACUGAAUAAAUUCACUACGAAACUGUUGGAUACACCUCCUAGUGCCCGCAGACAUCGAACGAAUAUUAUCGAGCUGAGCGCCCUGACUUCGUCUGCUUCAGCCUUGUUCUGUACGGCUGACCUGUCAUCACCCCUGAAUUCAGUGGAACCUCUUAAAUCGUCUGCGAUGCGAUACGGUACGGAUAUGAGUUACCGUUCUCGGCUUGCUCGUCGAGAUGAUUCAAAUAACCUGGUUGGCGGCGCUCUCACAUCCGACUCGGCUACCGAAAAGCAGCAGUUUUUGUGGCCGCGGAUGGGAUUAAGUGAUAUCCGAGAUCUGGGCGAUUCGAACGCUCGCUGCUGUAACUUGCAAUCGAGAACCCCGAUUCGCAAGUCGGUUACGUCGACAGGUUUCGAAGGGUUUUCAAACGGUGCGUCCGUACACCAUCACAACGGUUUGCUUAGUAAACGCAGAAUUCUACCGACUUGUCCAAAUGUUGCGGAACGGGGAGCACUCCUCAGCUCCUACAACCACUACGAUGCUCGCUCAUGUCUGGAUACAAACCCUGACCAAACCUGA